AUGGGUGACAUUCAGUGGUCGACCACUGCACUUGGACACACCUUAGGGGGAGAGCUGGGCGUCACCGUAGAGAGUCUUUUCAUUGACAUCUCAUUUCCGGUAAGCAUGUCAUACCAUCGCUGUUCCCAUGGCGUACCUGUGGAGACCUGUGCCUACAACUUGCCAUUUUUUCUCACUUCCUCUUUCCCUCUGCGCAUACCUCCUUACAGAAUCUCGAUCUGCUAACAGAAAUGGCUACACACGGACUGAUUGCAAUACCCACGUCAGCCAGACGUAAAAGAAGGAGAUUUGAUCGUUGGAUAAAAUAUUUUUUCGUCUGACAUUUCGGGUCUUCCCUCGAACCCAUCAUCAGAAACGGUCGUGGAAAGGGGGUGACAAAUGCACAGUAAUUAUCACGACAUCAUAUAAUUACCAUAAUUGACGGCCCCAAACCUCAUUUUUGGGGGGUUAUAAUUGGCGUGAUUAGUGCACACGCAUUCGUAUCCGAGGCGUAAACUACCGCAAUUUCGUCACUGGUGUUAAUAAGCGGUGUGACAGUGGUUGCACUCUUUGAAGCGCAGUUACCGUUACUGGAUGCAGUGUUUGCCCUCGACCUUCCCGCAUGGCCAGUUACCCUGCCCCGACAGAGUAUGAGGGAUGGAUAUGGAAGGGGGAAGGUCACUAUUCUGUCAAUAUACUGAGGACCAGUGAACCAUGGCUCAAGCAUUUGGCAUCUCACGUUGUGGUCGACCCUCACAAGAAUUUCGAUUUUAAAAAACUUAGCGAUGUGACUGGGUCCCGUCGAAUGAUCUGCGAUCCGACAGCUGGCGCCAUUUCUCCUACCUACUGCUGCUGCAUGUUCGGCCAUCCCAGUUUCCGUGUUUCGGGAACGUCUCGGAAGCUGUCAGAUGCUUUCUCGUGCCACUUUAUUUUGGUAUCAGAAACGCCAGAAAUAACUACCAAUCCGAAAAUAAUGAGGCAGAAAAAACGACUACGCCACGACAGGAAACUGCUGGAGUCUUUUGUGGGAUCUGACGUAGUUGCAGACAAGGCAGGAAGGUCAGAAAACUGAGAGAUUACGCGGGACGCCAAUGACCGAACACAUUUGCAUCGGUGAAAUUUCUCCCCUCAGCUCGCCAGCGCAUUCCUCAUUAAUAAUAAACCUGACGCACUUUGCAAUUACUACAAUGUGAUAAAAGUCGUCGUCUGGAAGGCUGACAAUUGUCCUUGUGGUCAGUACUGUGUUCGUAUGUAGGGAGGGGGGAGGAUUACUGGAGGACUGGGAGACUUGCGCAAUGACGCUUUCUGGACCUGGCAUCUAUGACACUCGAGAACGUAAGAUCCAAGCUAUCCCCUGUUUCUGCGAAAAUCUGGUUCACCUUGCAGGAACAGGUCGUGUGUGGCGCGUGUAGACGGACCUCCUAGCUACAGUAGGUGGGCUAACCCAUGAAAUGUCAACAGAAAUUCCGAAAUGCAAUCCGUUUCGAAAAGAUUAUUUAAGUAGGGUUGUAAACCCAGUCAGCCUGCAACAUAAUUCUAUAAUAAUUCAGUUACCCCAGGACGCCGGCUUUCGAACAAACUUCUUUCCGGUGGCAUCCAAAAACCAUACUCCGUAAAAAAAAUGACGACUUAAAUGCCAUGCACUUUUCUGAUUGACUUUCGAUGCCCUUAGUGAUCCAAUUACGCUUUAUGGAAAACAUGCGGAAAAAUAUUCAUUCCUUUGCUCAUUCAGUAGAAAAUUACGUCUUCUUCUAUUUUCAUACUCGAAGGAAGGGUAAAAUUCGGUUUUAAAAAAGUUUAUAAUUGUGAGAUUUUUAAUACCGUAAAAUGGCCCUUCAUAAAACGUCAUGUCUCUGCAUUUACCAGUGUGGCUUGCAAAGUUAACAAUAUGGCUCGAAUCCACUGCUAAAUUUCAUGAACCCUAUAUGAUCCUCCUUUAUUGCCGUAGAAAAAUGUAUAGUUUUUCGUACGCGGAAAUUAUACGACUUGUAGUUUGUGAACCCUGAAUGCAAGUGUAACGAUAGGUUGGUUUCAAAAUUAAUCGGGAACUAGAACAGUUUUAUAAAGCCAAAUUAGACCCUUUCUUCGAGUGUAAAAUCAAAAGAAGACGUAAUUUUCCACUGAAUGAGCAAAAGAAUGAAUAUUUCCGGGCAUGUUUUCCAUGAAAUAUAAUUUAAUCUGUAGGGACAUCGAAAAGCAAUGAAAAAAAUCAUUCUACUUAAGUAUUCAUUUUUUACGGAGUAUGGUUUUUGCAUACAGCCGAAAAGAAGUUUGUUCGAUAGCCGGCAUCCUGAGGUAACUGAAUUAUAAUAGAAUUACACUGUAUGAUGGUUGGUUUUGCAACCCUACUUAAUUAAUCUUUUCGAAACAGAAACGUAUUUCGGAAUUGCUGUUGAGAUUUCAUGAGAUAGCCCACUUACUGUCUCCGGUCGCCUUGAUAUUAUCUUGCCGUCGUCACAAGGUUGAUGAGAGAUGAUAGAAUGCGGCAAAUUUUGUGCAAGUCUGCUGCCUCUAAUAAACUAAUUCACGCUCAACUUACCGCCCUGCGCCCGGCACACUAUGAUGCACGCGGUUGAAAUCAUCUUACACGACAGCCGAGCUGCCAUUGUUUUUCCUUCGAAGGCUGUCUCUGUCUGCUUCCCCAUGGGCUGACUUUCUUAAUAGCUCAUUCCCUUCUGAUUGAUAACACCGUUCGACAGGCAGAAUUCACCGCGUAGAUCUGCUACUUCCGCUGACCCAACGUAAUUCUAUCAUCUCACUCGUCGGACCUCUGCCUGCGCAAAUUGCAUGACCCCUUCAUAAGCCGUCUUCCCACCCGUCGGGGCAGUCAAAUAGCAAUCAUUGGCAUAUAACUAACUUACUGGCUCCCAAUGUUUGGGUCGCUCGUGUCCGUCUCAAUUAUGAAUCAGAUUUCACACUUCUUUCUUGGCGUCCCGAAAUUCGGAAGGAGAGUUUCUAUGACGGAGGUGGCAGUUGAUGAAGAAAUCGGCGGCAACAAACUGCGUUUGUAUACGCAUAGCAAUCCUGGCAAAUAUAACAUAACCACAGCAAAAGCCCAGACUCGUUUUCUGCCUGUUUUUAUACUGCUGUAUGACGCAGUCAGGAGGGAUUCGGCUCGUCAGCGGAUCUCCCGGCGUUCCUCACGUGUUUUCUAUGGUGCAUACUCCAGUUUUUGAUUGUAAGCUUUCUACAAUAAUACGCGAAUUUGGAGUGAAUUCUCCGAUACAAGUCUCAUCCUGCUCGGCCCGAAAGUCAGUAAGAAUAUUUGGGCUGACAUUCAACAGCUUCAAUGGCAUAGGCCCGUAAUAACCACAUUCUAACCAAAACACUCAGUAGCGGAUAAUUACCGCAAGUACGAUGGAUUGAUCAGCAUGUGUGUACAACUAACUGGCCGUGGCUUAAAUGUGAAUAUUAUGCAGAUGUUCCGUGCUCCAGGGAUGCUUACUGAAACCGCCGAUGUUAUUGUCAUUACUGCUGAAUCCAUAUUGAAAUUGCAGUUUUUGGAGGAUCAGUGAGGUAACCACCUUCCGAUAGAAAAAAUUAUCCUGUCCACUGCAGUUUAAAGCCCUGUGGUUCGGUUUAUCCGUUUUACGGAUUUGCAUUUCAUAGUUGUUUUACAUAACCGUCUUGCUCGCCGUAAAAUGUAACUGUGCGUCGUUUCCCUUCUUUCCCGCAGCACUUCCCGUACCUGGGCAGUACCGUCUCCCGCAACACCAAGAUCGAUGACGAAAUCGCCCGCAGGAUUUCGAAAGCCAGUCAAGCCUUCGGUCGUCUUCAAAGCACAGUUUUGGAUCGUCAUGGUCUCCAACUCAGCACGAAGCUGAAGAUGUACAAGGCCGUUAUCCUGCCGACGCUGCUGUGCGGAGCGGUGACUUCGACAGUGUACACAAAGCAAGCACACCGACUGAACCACUUCCACCUCAGUUGUCUUCGUCGCAUCCUGAGGAUGAGUUGGCAGGAUCGAAUCCCCGACACUGAUUUGCUGGAACGGACGGGAAUCCUCAGCAUCUACACCAUGCUGAGACAAAUGCAGCUGCGUUGGUGUGGCCAACUGGUGCGCAUGGACGACGAGCGACUACCCAAACGACUCUUCUACGGAGACGUCGCGACGGGUUCUCGCCGCCAAGGAGGCCAAAUUCGCCGAUACAAGGAUACGCUGAAGUCCUCCCUAAAGCGUCUGCAAAUUAACUCGACCACCUGGGAAGAACUCGCCCCCGAUCGACCGACCUGGAGGAGGACAGUGAAUACAGGCGCUGCGAUCUACGCAGCCAACCGCAUCGUCGCCGCCAAAGUGAAACGCGAAGCACGCCAAUCACAGCUACGCCCAGUCCGCAACGCCGACGCACAACCGCUUCCAACGUGUCCUCAGUGCCAACGGACCUUCCAGGCGCCAAAUGGACCUAUUGGACAUCUUCAGAUCAACUGUAUUUCUCGGACCGCACCAACCGCCGUCCCUCCGCCCGCCUCUUCCUCGUCCUCUCCGUCGCCAACUAACCCUGACAAUUCUUCUGACCCACCACUUCCAUCAUUCUUUUCCUUCUCCUUCUCCUCCUCCUCUUCUUCCUCCUCCUCCUCCUCCUCGUCCGCUGCUCCAACGGCGGCCGCUCAGGCGACUGUCCCGCGCACAACAACCGACACUACCACCACCUCCCCCGACUCCAGUGAUGAGGAUCAGGACUACACCUGCCCUCACUGCGACCGCACCUGCACCUCACACAUCGGCCUGGUUGGUCACUUGCGAAUCCAUCGCACAGAGACUGGCGAACCAGUGCCUGGAGUACCCACCUAUACCCACCAAGCUCGUCUCAACUGCCCACACUGCCCUCGCACUUUCAGGCAUCGCAUGGGCCUAUUCGGCCACAUGCGCAUCCACGACGACCUGCGGUAG